ACAAAUCCGUGUUCAGUGACGUGUUUUGUACUAGCCUUUAAAAAAUGCAUGUUAAACCCUUUCCCAUCACAGACUGGUUUAAAUAGAAUCAGGAGCUGUGGGUUCGUUCCCUUGGGUGCUUCUUAUUUUCAUCAUUUCUAAUCACCCCUUGUAUUUGUUAAUUUAUUUAUUUAUUUUUGCCUCGACAGACCCGAUAUUUAGCCUCUCCAUCGUCCACCCCCUCUCUUCUUUUUCCCUCCAUCUCCUUCUCUUUGAGAGAGCAACGCACUGCGAAGCUCUGAAAUAAAAAGCCUGCAGCACACGCAGAGCAGCGGUGACUAUGGGGUUUUUUUUGCAAGUUUUCUGCUGACAGCAGACGGAUUAAGAGCAGGACAUCCGUCCACAACCCUCACCAGCUCCAACUUCACAGCAAGGCAAAACAAAGAGUAAGGAGGCAAAUAAGAGGAAGCAAGUGCAAGAAAGAGAGAAGGGAGCAGGUGAAAACAGUCGAUGGAUGCUGUCCGGAUUGAGGGAACAGCAAGUUCUUCACUGACGGGGAAAAGAAAGAUUUCAAAAUUGAGUCGAAGGAUAGAAACUCGCCGUCAGGCAUGGUGUGUGAGAAGGGGAUCCAGAUCCUUCUCACCACCGUGGGGGCAUUCGCUGCCUUCGGCCUGAUGACGGUGGCAAUAGGGACGGACUACUGGCUGUAUUCCCGUGCCCUCAUCUGCAACAGUACAGCCAACAUCUCCCAGGACGAUCCCCAUAAUAAGGACAAGAAAGACCCUGGGGCACUCACCCACUCUGGGCUUUGGAGAAUAUGCUGCCUGGAAGGAGUGAAGAGAGGAGUAUGUUCUCAGAUUAACCACUUCCCAGAGGAUGCAGACUUUGACCAUGAUGGGGCAGAGUACGUCCUACGGGUUGUCAGGGCUUCCAACAUUUUCCCAAUUCUUAGUGCAAUCCUGCUGCUGAUGGGAGGGGUUUGCAUAGCUGCUAGUCGUUUCUAUAAGAGCAAAAGAAACAUCAUCCUUGGUGCAGGAAUCCUUUUUGUAGCUGCAGGUCUGAGUAAUAUUAUUGGUGUGAUCGUCUAUAUCUCUGCUGCACUGGGGGACAUUUCUCCUAAGAAGGAUGAGGAUAAAAAAUGGCAGUACUCCUAUGGUUGGUCCUUUUACUUCGGAGGUCUGUCUUUCAUCAUGGCUGAGAUGGUGGGGGUGCUGGCUGUCAACAUCUACAUCGAGAAAAACAAGGAACUUCGCUGUCGCUCCCGCACCGACAUUUUCAAGAGCACCACGCAUGCCAUGCUCCGUCUGCCCAGCUACCGCUUCCGUCGCCGCUCACGUUCUUCGUCACGCUCUACUGACCCCUCCCGCUCCCGAGACCCAUCACCUGUAGGAGGUGGGGGGAAGAACUUCGGCAUGCCUCCCUCUGCUCUGCUCUCCCAGGGCCCCAUAUCAGUGUCCACUUUACCUAACCCCCACUCUCGCUCCCAGCCUCUGGCUGGAGGCGACAUCUCCCUUUACACGUUGUCCCGUGACCCCAAACUAGGGGGUUUGCCGCCCAUGUAUGGAACUGUGGAUAGGGCCACACUCUACCAGCUCCACAACUGCUUCCCAAAGGAUGGAGGUGGAGGGGGAGUGAUGAUGAGUGGUACACUACCCUCACUCAAGUCUCACAAUCCUUCUAAUUCUUCCAACUCUAAUGCACCGAUGGCCAACUCUGUGGGUUCUGGCCCUCCACCCUUCACCUCUUCCACAAUAGACAGGGAGCGAGGGAUGGGGACUCUGGACAGGCUGAAGGGAGACAGGGAGAGCAACUCAAACACCCUCAAUAGGAAGACAACACCCGUGUAGAGGGAGGGGAGGAGAAAGGGUGAUGAAGAGGAUGGGUAGUAGAGAAAGAGAGAAGAUAGAGAGGAGCAUUUAGAAACACAGACAGAGGUAAAACUCAAAAACUCUCCCUUCAUGUUCACUCUUAUUUAGUCUACUAAAUCUCACUCAGAACGAAAAGAAGAGUAAUAACAGUACGAUAAUAGCAACAACAAUGAACUUUCACAAUGAAGCUAUUUUGAUAUUUUAAUGAGCUAGAAAUGAUUUAUUUUGUUAAUGAUCAAACGCAAUUAACCCCUGGGCUACAACAAUGAUGUUUCACGUAAUUUCUGUGCAAUAUUACUGCUAAUUUAACCAGAUCGCAUUAAUGUAAAAUUGUUGUUGUGAUUAUUCUUAGGGUUAUUACAGGCUAGCUCUAUUUUGCAAACACUAGUUUGGAAUGAAACUUUAAUUUUCCUGUUUGUUUUAUUUCACUUAAAUUUGAUCUCUAUGACUUUAACUGUGAAUUCUUCCAUGCAGAGCUGCUGGGACUGUCAGUGAGCUGUGUGCAACUGUGUCAAAGUGUCAAGCAUGAGUGUGCACAAAAUGUGGGAGAAUGAGAGCCUAUGUUAUAUUUUUAACCCCCACAUUAUAGAAUUUUCAUUUACAAUAUAAAGUCAGAUGUGAAUACUGUAAAUUGUCUUCCAAUACUGAUACUAAAAGAAAUGCAGCAACAAAGUGAGUGACUGAGACGACCGACAAACUUAAUUGUUAGUAUGAGUUUUCUAUGGGCCUUUGUUCUGUCUUAUUUCCAUUUUAAUCAGUGUUAACAGUAGAACUUGUAGCUUUAGUCAUGUUGAAGAUGUUUGUUCUUGGGCAUUAACAGAAACCUCCAACUGGAGGAUUGAGGAAAAAAAAAAGACACUUAAUAACACAUUUGUACAGAAUCGGGAAAAAGUUGCUGCCUGAGAAGAAAAACAAAGAAUUCAGACAUUUUUUUCUAUGAAAAGUCCCAAAGUGACACAUGCAAAUCAUUCUUUUCAGUGGCAAAAAAAACAUGUAUGUGGGUUUGGAGGGUUAAAAAAAGAGAGAAAAACCUUUGAAAAGAUACAUGUACAUUGUAAUUUAAACAUAUAUUUGUAAAGUCUAUAGAUAUGUUUUUGGAACCACCAUUCGUGCUUGUGUGCAGGGCAGAUUUGACUGAAGUGUUUUGAUCCCAGUGCCCUACCUUAACUCCAUACGUUGCACUGCCCCUGCCCAUAUUUUGUCACAUGAUCAGCAUCUCCUCUACCUUAUCACAGAACCAACAACAGCUUCAUCACACAGAGAUGGGCCCUGAACAUCCCCAAAGAUUGUUUUCACUGUGCUUCCCUUGUAACUGCCAACUCCUGAGUCUGAACUGUUUAUGUUGAUGAGAAUGUAAACAAGUGUAAACCCACCCUAACUCUCCUAAUGCCAACAUCCUCACCUUUCUUCUUUCUAAACUGUCCCGAGUGACUGCAGAUCCGAGUCAAAACUUUGGAUACACCUACUAUAUGAUAAAAUGAAGAAACAAAACAAUGACCAGAUGCUUCCAGAUUCUAUAUGUUUUAAUUUCUUUUCAGUUCAUUUCAGAAAAAGAAUAAUGUGAAAAAAACUGCGCACAGAUAGCAUUUAUGUGGGCAAUAUGAAUAGUAUGUAGUUGAGAAUAGAUAUAUCUAGACAAAUGAUUAUGGUUUAUCUAAAUGUGUGAUAAACUUAAACACUGUAUUGCACGAAGUUUAUAAAAAAAAUAAUAACAGACAUAUUCACAGACUGCUGUCUUUUGUUUUUAUGUUGUUUUUUUGUUUUUUGUUUUUGUUUUUUUGUUUGUUUGUUUGUUUGUUUGUUUUUUUAUUGAAUGGAGACUGUGGUCUCUUGUGAACUGCACAUGUACACCUGAGUUUUUAAUCUGGGACAGUGUGUAAACUAAAUAAAAGCAAAAGGCAAUGAUUUGAAAAGUA